CAAUGGCAUGGCACCUUGGUCCCAGACAUUUUUGCUCAAAUUUUAGACACAGCCUCUUGUUUGUACAGCUCUAGAGUUGGCCCUUACAUCGUUCGUUUCAGCUUUUUGCCCAGAGAUAGAGUAAUGGGAAUUGCAGAGGGAAGAUCUCAACUUAAUACAGAAGCCCCGAUUCCCCUAAUUGGGUUGGGGACUGCAACCAGUAAUCUCAAUGAGGAGGAGAUUAAAGCAGCCGUGACUACUGCUCUCCAGGUGGGUUAUAGACACUUUGACACAGCAAGCUUUUACCGCACAGAGCACGCACUAGGAGAAGCUCUGAAUUCAGCUUUCCAGAGUGGGAUCGUCAGCAGAGAAGAUGUUUUUGUUACCACUAAAUUAGCAAACACUGAACACGAUGACCCAGUUGCUGCAAUCAACAAUAGUUUGAAGAAUUUACAACUGGAGUAUGUGGAUCUGUAUCUUAUCCACUGGCCUGUCAAGAUGAGAGAAACAAGUACAUUAUCCCAGCCAAAAGAAGAAGACUUUUUGCCAUUAGAUAUAAAGUCUACUUGGCAGGGAAUGGAGCAGUGCAUGAAGAUGGGGCUUAGCAAAGCCAUUGGGGUCAGUAACUUUUCCUCUAAAAAAGUAGAAGACCUACUGAGCUAUGCCAAGAUCCCUCCUGCUGUUGAUCAGGUGGAGAUGCAUCCAAUGUGGCAGCAAAACAGGUUGAGAGAAUAUUGCAGCAAGCAUAAGAUUCAUGUGAGUGCAUGGUCUCCUCUGGGAGCUCCAAAUAAUCCAUGGGGUUCUAAUUCGCUGAUGGAUAACCCCCUUAUCCAAGAAAUUGCCCAAAAGCAUGGAAAGACCAGAGCUCAGGUUAUUUUAAGAUGGGGAAUAGAGCAGGGAGUGAGUGUGCUGCCAAAGAGUUUCAAUCCAGGCAGAAUUGCUGAAAACUUUCAAAUCUUUGAUUGGUCUCUGAGUGUGGAUGAUCAUGACAAGAUUAGCAAGCUUGAACAGUGUAAGAUACUCCCAGGGCAUCAAUUUGUUAAUAGCACAACCAGUUUCUACAAGACUGUUGAAGAAUUAUGGGAUGGAGAGAUUUAAUAUAGUCACAAGUAAUUAUAUUACUAGUAUAUCUAUAUUUAAAAAAUAUAGAUAAAUUAUGUCGAGAGAUAUCUUAUAAUAGAAGGAAUCUGAUAAUUGCAACAAUAUUAGUAGUAUACAGGAGUUUAAAAAAUAUGGAUAAUAAUAGAGUUGAUUGUUCCCUUUUAAAUAUUAUGGCACUCUUCCACUAUCAUUUGAAUGUAAUGGUUUCAUAUAGUUGGAGAGAAGUGGUGAGGGUUCUAUUUUAUUUGGAGUAAUAAAAUAACACCUCCACAAAAACCAAAAGACGGCAUAUUUCAUGCAUUUACCUGUCAUUUGCAUGUCAAAUCGUUUCAAAAUUGAUUUUUUGUUUAAUUGUAGAUGCCUCUCGACAUAAAUAUAUUUUAUAGACCUAUUUAUUUAA